UGGUGGUGGAUGAGCUUCUAGACAGCUUAGAGAGAAGAGGCUUUGAAGUGGUUGGAUAUGUCGAUGACGUUGUCAUUAUUGUACGAGGCAAAUUCGAAAGUGUUAUCGUGGAAAGAAUGCAAUCUGCCCUAAAUCACACUUUUUUCUGGUGUCAAAAGGAACAACUAGGCAUAAAUCCUACAAAAACUUCCAUUAUCCCUUUCACCCAACGGAGAAAAGUCCAACUGAAACCCCUUUUCUUGAAUCAAACACAACUAGUUUAUUCAAGCGAAGUAAAAUAUCUAGGUUUCAUACUCGACGCAAAACUGAAUUGGAACUCUCAUCUCCAAUCAGUUGUGCAGAAAGGUCUCAAUACUCUUUGGGUUUGUUCAAAAACCCUGGGUAAAAGAUGGGGCCUAAAACCAAGUAUGAUCAUGUGGAUAUAUAAAACCAUUGUCCAUCCCAGGACUACUUACGCUUCCCUUGCCUGGUGGCCUAAAACUAAUGAGGCUGCUGCAAGGGAUAAGCUCAACAAAAUCCAACGCACCGCUUGCAUAGCCAUCACUGGUGCAGUUCGUAGUACACCCACUUUGGCCCUAGACGCAAUGCUUCACCUGCCCCGGUUAGAUCAAUUCAUAAAGCUGGAAGCGGAAAAAAGUGCUCUAUGGUUAAAGAGAACAAAAACACUGCUGUCGGGAGACCUUACGGGUCACCUCAGCAUAUUAAAUGAAUUUGCCAUAAAUCCCGCAAUAGGAAUUUGUAGUGACUGGAUGGAAACGGUAGUCAAUUAUGACUUACCUUACGAUGUGUUCAUUCCUUCCCGCCAGGAGUGGGAAGGAGGUGGACCCAGCGUUCCCACAGGCUCUAUAAAUUUCUUCACAGAUGGUUCGAAAAUGAAUAAUCUGACAGGCAAUGGAAUCUAUGGCCCUAGAACAAAAAUCUCUGUCCACUUAGGACAGUGGCCCACAGUAUUUCAGGCGGAAAUAUAUGCAAUAUUAGAAUGCGUGUUAUUAUGCCUGAGGAGACAGUAUAGGUUUGCAAAAAUAUGUAUUUUCUGUGACAGCCAAGCGGCACUUAAGUCGCUUAAUAACUACACUUGAAACUCAAAGCUAGUGUGGGAAUGCAUUCUGGCUUUGAAAAACUUAUCCAUACGCAAUCGAGUCUACCUAUAUUGGAUCCCAGGACAUACGGGUCUAGAGGGAAACGAGAUUGCUGAUGAGCUAGCCAGAAAUGGAUCUAAUGAAAGGUUCAUUGGCCCUGAGCCCUUCUGCGGGAUCUCAGACUGCUCUGUAAAAAUGGAACUGAACAAAAAUAUGGUCAGUCAAAUCACAUCAAACUGGAAUGCACUUCCCCAUACGAGCGAAUCCAAAAGGCUCGUAACGAUUAACCCCAAGAAAACCCAACAACUAUUAGGUCUCAACAAAAGGGAUCUCAACAUCUACACCGGUCUAAUAACUGGACACUGCCCCUGCAGAUACCAUCUACAAAAGAUCGGAGCAAUCCAAACCUCAAAUUGCCGCUUCUGUGACGAGGAGAGGGAAACAUCAGAACACAUCCUCUGCUAUUGCAAUGCACUCACCCAACGUAGGUUCAAAGUUCUCAGUAAGCCCUUUUUAGGGCCUGCAGACAUAUGGAUCUUAUCUCCCAAGGACGUGGUUGGCUUCAUAAAGCUAGUCUCGCCAGAAUGGGGGAGUCACAUACUGUAACUCAGGAUCUCUAUUCAUCAAUAACACUAGUUUACAAAAUAAAACGAAAGUCGUGAACUUCUGUCAACGACCAAAAUUUUUGAAGCACAAUUUAGCGCUGAUUUCGAAACCGACCUUCAAAAAAUUUGAAGUAGAACAGUUUUUGAGUUUUAGCUCAAUAUCGAGUUUUACAACUUUUCAAAAUAUGUAAUUUACUAAAAUUCAAAUAUAUUGUGUUUUGUUCAACCAAUUUUAAAUCUUUUUCCAUAAAUUAAAAGCUGAAUACAAUACCAUUCGAUCAUCUGAAUACAGGUUUUGCGUCAGAUUGAUGAAAUUCAAGAUAUUGGCGAGUUUUAGGGACGUUCUCCUUAAAUUUUAGCAAAAUUCCCAAAAAAAAUUGAAGAUAUGUAUUUUUUUCAAUAAGAAAAAAAAUUAAAAAAUUCUUUCUCGACGUUUAUUUGACAUAUCAUAUGUAAGCGAGCUACAGUAAAAAUUUCAGCUCAAUCGGAGCAUUGAUUACGCAGAAUAAGAUGUUUGAAGUGAGCGACUAUGCUUAAAAAUAAAACAAAAAUCGAUUUCAAAUCAUUUCCGCUCUACUGUAUUUUUUUUUGAUAUUACACCAAAAAUGAUCAUCAGCUUACCGAGUUCAAAAAUGCUGUAAACUAGUGUAAUAGAUGAAUGGUUGAGGGGGUUUAAAACAUGCUCGAUCUUUAACGGAGCCCGUAGCGUGGGUAAGAUCACCUUUUUGGGUUGCGUUGCGGCGAAAGAUCUACCAUACCGAACCCCAGUCCUAACCGCUUCCAGCUAGUGGAGCAGCACAUUUGAGUAAUCAAAGGAAAACACGUUGGACCUUAUUACAUUUCACACCUUGUUGAAAGUGAUGGGCCACGGUUUUAGGUGUGGCCGAGAUGGAUCUUGAAACAAGGAAAAAUGGGUUAGUAUUCCUAAUCUUUUAUUCGGUGUUCACUGGUUUGAAACAGAAAGGACUAGGGUUCCGAUGCAUGGUCAAUAUCGGUAUCAUUUUUUGACAUUCUCGUUAAGGGAUCCGAUUAUGACUGAAAAAGGAGCGUUUUAAAAGCGGAACCUAUCAAUCAGAAUCCUUCCUUACGAUUAAGUUGAAAAUGACUACUGUAACAAAACCGAAUAUGAAUUUCAAAUAACUCAACGUACAUAUGUGCAGAUGGGUAAAUUAUUAGUUAAAUUGGGAAAAAUCCACAGCUCAGGUGAGAUUUGAACUCACGACUCUUAUUCGCUAGACAAGUGCUUUACCAACUAAGCUACCGAGCCAAUUAAUGACCCGGCAACUUAGUUGUCAUAAGGUUCAAUUCUAAUCUCAUCGAUCUAUAUCAUCUUCCCCUAAACCGCAAAUAUAACCAUCUCUGUUGUACAUAUGUACGAAGAGCGAAAGCGAUUUGUUUAUUGUUUGAAACUGUAUGCCUAUCAUACAGGCACCGCUUCCUCAACCACUUGUAGAGGAAGAACAAUUGCUACCGAAUACUUUAUAAUUUCUCAAUGGUGAUAAAGUAAUACGACAUGCACUAUACAAAGGACACGGGGUAUACCACAAUAGAUAAAAUAUUGGUCGCAGUGGUUAUGUCUCGAACAGAGAAAAAAAAAGCAACCAAAAGUUCGGAUAAAAUAGCAUGUUUGGGCUUAAUCAGCUAUUCGAAGGAAGAUGAAUAGCAUUCUAUUCUGCUCACUUCAGUAAUUAACUGAACUUGAGUUCACAAAAAGUACACUAGUGUUGCUGAAAGUAACGCUAUUCAGCUUAAAAAUAAGCUUCGAAAAAAAUGAAAAAAAAAUGCGCUUAAUCCUCAAAAGUAAUUUAUUUUUAAGACACAUUAAGUACAUGUGGAAUCCAAAUUGACUAAUACCUUGAAAAUUUUUUUGAUGUUUUUUACUUACUGAGAUUUGAACUCGGGUUCCCCUCGUUGAAAGCCGUCGCCUAACCACUACUCCGUGUAUGUGUUGUUAGGCACUGUUGGAUUUUACUUAAUGUGCUGAUAUCAUUUAGUAGAGCUCAAGUUCGCGUGUGAACUUUCUCUGAACCUGAAGCCGAAGGUUCGAAAGAAGUUUACGUGGAACUUUUUGUGAACUUACACAGUGUGACAUUUUCAGUUUGUUUUGGUUCGUAAUUUAAACAAGUGCAAAGCAAUAAAUUAGUGCCAGUGCCAAUAAUUCAGAAAAAAAAUAUUAGUUUUCAGUGUCUACGAUCACGCCGAUUACCGGCGCGCUGGUGCGACUUGUGAGACAGCGUUGAAAACAUGGAAGACUUCUAUCUGCUGCCGAAAAAAACUCCGGCAGAAUCCUGUUUUACCAGUAGUCCGCUUCGGGCAGCUUUCGAACUACACAAUAUGGAUGUUUUGCGUAAGUAUGUUGAAAUAUUAUAGGGAAACAAAGUGUACUUGUGAAAAUAACACAAGCUGUGGCUCUUUCGUUCGAUUCCCAAGUGAUUUAAUUGAAUGAGAACUUCUCCCCAGCUCCGUUGUCGCCGAAGUUCAAGUGAAGUUCACUUUUGGUACGGUUAAUAUUUAUCCGAACUUUGAGUAGUAAGUUCAAAGUUCGAAACAAGUUCGGAACGGAACAUUUCAAUUUGUUGGAACAUGUCCGAAUGAACUAUAGAGGCAUGCAAAAGUUCAACGUGAGAUCGGUUAACAUUUGAUUGAACUCUGCUCUAAAGUUCAACGUAAGUUCUUUCUGAACCUGUUUUCGACUUUAAUGUCGUUUUGAAGAGUAGUCAAAAGCAUGUAAAUGUACUUCGAAGUUCAUAAACAAUGCAUGAGUAAUUUUUGUAGUAUCAGGUUCGACGAAGCCAGAAUUGAACCAAAUUUAAACUUCUGAGAUCGCGCUUCAAGUGAAAUCCGAACUUUUGGUUGCUUGGGGGUUAGAUCAAAUUUAAUCUACAUACAUAAAUUACGUACAGAACAAUUUUCAUUUAAAUCGGUUCAGUAUUUUUGGGAAAAAAAGUGAUAUUUUUUUGUUUGCACAAGGUUUUCAAAUGGUAAGACUCUUGUUUCGACAAUAUCUUCGCCAACACUCAACCGAUUUUGAUGAAAUUUUGAAGGUAUGAGCUACACAUAAUGUAUUUUUGUGUGUCCCACUUUUUUUAAAUCUAGUCUUUACUAGAAUUACGUUUAAUUAACUUCUAUACUUUCGAAACUUGCACUGCCGUAACUCUUAUAUGACAUGUGUGUUGCUUGGGUUUGGCACUCCUCGUAAAAUACACAAAAAAAUCCUCUUCAAACCACCCCUUUCCUAGGUCGUCUCAUCCUUCAGCAGCGCCUAUCAUCUCACGCGUUGCCGCUCCAUGGAUAGUCUCCCACAAAGUGUUGAGAUUAUCGCUCUUGUUGAUCACACUUAUCUACUCGUCCAGGUCUAGGCGAUAGUUAGCUACCGCAGAUACGUUGAAACGCAUCGAUCGCCGGUUCCUAGAGUCCGACACGGUUGAUAACCGAGCUCGAAUCCUGAUAACUACGAGAUAGUGAUCUAAGUCGAUGUUGGGCCCCCUAAAAGUUCUAACAUUAACAACGUCUGAGAAUUGUCGGCCAUCUACCAGCUCAUGGUCGAUUUGGUUACAAACUUCGCCGUUUGGGUUUCUCCAGGUGUGCUAGCGUACAGUAUAUCCUUGCAAAGCAGGUGCCCCUGACAGCAGCAAAUUGAUCACCACAGAAAAUGAAAAGAAAAAGUCUAAAACGUGGUUUAUAAAGUGUUACAUGAUACACGAAUAUUACCAACUACCUUUAUUGGGUCGAUUUCACGCAACAUUGGGGGAUUCCAUGGGAGCCUCAGGGGCGCAUCAAGGGUCUCAUGGACGUUUCAGGGGGUUUUAGUGGCUUUUGCCACUUUGUAGAAAUGCCUCGAAUCGCCCCUGAAACCUCCACAUUGAAACACCCUCGAAAUACCCGUAAUCCAUUUGAAACCUCUAUGAAACAACCCUGAAACCCCCAUGAAACGAUCCUGAAAGCUCCCUGAA